CACAGAAUAAUUUCGCUACGUGGUGACAGUUCACCACACCAAUGCUCUCGCUUCACCACGCACCUGCGCCACUGUACGCCGUGCAUGCGAUUCGUCUAAGUUUUCCUUUUUCUUUGACCCGAAACCUAGCGAGCGGCAACGCUCACCGACGUGCAAAAGAAUUGCACUGAGAAGACAAAGGGAGAGACAGACAGAUGGGGAGAUAGUUAUUGUAACUCUGUUUCACUCGGGCACCGGCUAAAGGAAGAAGAGAGGGGAAGAUAUGACAGGUAAAAGGUUCAAGAAAGCGAGAGGCAAGCAGCCUGAGAAUCAGGCCUUUCUUAACGAAUCCUCGCGAGUUCGAGUUGGGAAAAUCCUCGAAGACUUCCGCGAAUCCGAUGGAGAAGUAUACGCAUUUGAACCUGAUUUAUCAAAACAAGAACGAGCAGCAAUUCACGAAAUGUGCAGAAAAAUGGGGAUGAUAUCGAGAAGCUCUGGGAAUGGUGCCAAACGCCAUCUUUCAGUGUACAAAAGCAAAAAGAAGAACCAGAUUAAUAACAAGGAAGGAGAGCUGGUUACCUCUCUGCGCUUUUCUGAAGAGGCAAAAGCUAUUAUGCAAGAUCUAUUUAUAUGCUACCCCCCUGAUUCUGGAGAAUUAAGUGAAAAAAAUUUACAAAACUGUAGCAAAGCAGUUUAUGGUGCACAUUGGAAGCAAGAUACUUGCUUUUUGAGGCCUUCAAUGUGCAAGGAUGAAAUUAAAAAGAAGAUGGAGCUUCAUUCAUUAAGAAUGAAAGACUCAAAAUUUAGAAAGGUUGCAGAAGAUAGAGCUAAACUUCCGAUUGCAACCUAUAUGAAUGCUAUCACAUCAACUUUACAAGCUCACCAGGUGGUACUGAUAUCUGGUGAGACUGGUUGCGGUAAAACUACUCAGGUACCCCAGUUUAUUUUGGAUCACAUGUGGAGUAAAGCUGAGUCAUGUAAAGUUGUGUGCACCCAACCAAGACGGAUCUCAGCAAUUUCAGUUGCUGAGAGGAUCUCAUAUGAAAGGGGAGAAACUAUUGGAGACACUGUUGGUUAUAAGAUACGGUUCGAGUCCAAAGGUGGGAAAAAUUCUUCAAUAAUGUUCUGCACAAAUGGCAUUCUUUUGAGAUUACUAAUCGGCAGAGGUGCAAAUACAUCGGAAAUGGCAAACAAGAAGAUAUCAGGGAGGGAUACUCUUCUUGAGAUAACCCACAUAAUAGUGGAUGAGAUUCAUGAGCGUGAGAGGUUUUGUGAUAUAAUGCUUGCAAUUAUCAGGGAUUUGCUGCCUGCAUAUCCUCAUCUACGCUUGAUUCUCAUGAGUGCCACAUUUGAUGCUGAGCGGUUUUCGAAAUACUUCAGUGGCUGUCCUGUCAUUCAGGUUCCAGGAUUCACAUACCCUGUGACGACUUAUUUUUUGGAGGAUGUGCUAUCUAUUUUAAGAUCAUCAGAUGAGAAUCACCUAGCUACUGCUGCCUUAAGUGGCGUGGAGGAGGUUGUUCCAUUGACAGAAGAGUACAAGACCGCCCUUGAUGAGUCAAUUCAUUUGGCUUUAUAUAAUGAUGAAUUGGAACCUUUACUGGAGAUAAUUAAUGCCCAGCAAAACCCCCAAACUUACUGUUACCAACACUCAUUGACGGGAGUGUCACCAUUGAUGGUGCUUUCUGGCAAAGGUAGAAUUGGUGAUGUUUGUAUGAUGCUUUCCUUUGGUGCUGACUGCUCUUUGACUGAUAAUGAUGGAAGGUCAGCCAUCGAUUGGGCUCAGCAAGAAAAUCAGUUCCAGAUCUAUGAAAUCAUUAAAAGACACAUUGAGAAAGAUACGUCCAAGUCAGCUGAAGAGGAGGACCUACUGAACAAGUACCUAGCAAGCAUCAAUCCUGAAAAUAUUGAUACUAUUCUAAUAGAGCGUUUGUUAAAAAGGAUAUGUACAGAUUCUAGUGAAGGGGCUAUCUUAGUCUUUCUUCCCGGAUGGGCUGAUAUCAAUCAAACUAGAGAGAGGCUACUUGCUUCAGGGCUUUUUAAAAAUUCCUCAAAGUUUAUGAUACUUUCUCUCCAUUCCAUGAUUCCAAUUGUGGAGCAAAAGAAGGUUUUCAAGCAUCCUCCUAAGGGCGUCCGUAAAAUUAUUCUUUCCACAAAUAUUGCUGAGACUGCUAUAACAAUUGAUGAUGUUGUUUAUGUUAUUGAUUCUGGUCGAAUGAAAGAGAAAAGCUAUGAUCCUUACAGCAAUGUUUCUACGUUCCAUGCAUCAUGGAUUUCAAAAGCUAGUGCUAAACAGCGAGAGGGGCGUGCUGGGCGUUGCCAGCCAGGAACUUGUUAUCAUCUCUAUUCUAAAGUCCGCGCUGCUGCUUUGCCAGAUUUCCAAGUUCCAGAAAUUAAACGAAUGCCAAUUGAAGAAUUGUGUUUGCAGGUUAAACUUCUUGAUCCAAAUUGUAGAGUAAUUGAGUUCCUUCAGAAAACUUUGGACCCUCCUGUCUUUGAGACUAUACGAAAUGCAAUCAUUGUCCUUAAAGAUAUUGGAGCCUUGACUGAAGAUGAACAGCUGACAGAACUUGGGGAAAAACUUGGUGCUCUUCCAGUUCAUCCAUCAACAAGCAAGAUGCUUUUGUUUGCUAUCUUGAUGAAUUGCCUCGAUCCAGCUCUAACUCUAGCCUGUGCAACCGACUACAGAGAGCCGUUUAUUCUUCCAAUGGUCCCGGAUGAGAAGAAAAAAGCAGCUGCAGCUAAAGUUGAGCUGGCUUCUUUGUAUGGUGGUUACAGUGAUCAACUUGCUAUUGUAGCAGCCUUUGAGUGUUGGAAGAAUGCAAAGAAUGGCAGUCAAGAGUCACAGUUUUGCUCUAAGUAUUUUGUUUCAUCAAGUACCAUGAAUAUGUUACUGAACAUGCGAAAGCAGCUUCAGAAUGAACUUAUGAAGGCCGGUUUUAUUCCCGAGGAUAUGUCCAGCUGUAGCUUAAAUGCCCAAGACCCAGGUGUCUUGAGGGCGGUGCUCAUGGCUGGAACUUAUCCCAUGGUGGGAAGGUUUCUCACUCCGCGAAAAAAUAACAGAAGAGUAAUCGUGGAGACUAUUAGUGGUUCCAAAGUUUUAUUGCAUCCUCAUUCCUCCAACUUCAAAUUGUCAUUUGAAAAAUCUGCGGUCAGUCCAAUUAUUGUUUAUGAUGAGAUAACUCGUGGGGAUGGGGGUUUAUUCAUAAAGAACUGUUCUGUUGUUUCUCCUUAUCCGUUAUUAUUGCUUGCCGUGGAGAUUGCUGUUGCUCCUCCACAUGAUAAUGAUGAUGACAGUGAGGAGGAUUCGGAAGCAUCAAGUGGAGAGGAAGAUGAGAUGGAUGUGAACAUGUCAUCGGAGCAGCGUGAAAACCAACUCAUGUCAUCUCCUGAUAAUGCUGUCACAAUUGUUGUUGAUAGAUGGCUAAAAUUUCUAUCAACGGCCCUUGAUGUCGCCCAGAUUUAUUGCUUGCGUGAGAGAUUAGCAGAAGCUGUGCUGUUUAAAGUGAAGAAACCACGGGCAGUUCUACCUCCUGCACUUGGAGCAUCCAUGCAUGCUAUUGCUUGCAUCCUCUCAUAUCAUGGGCACCCUCACAUAUUGGCUGUGGAUGAAUCCAUUGAUCCCCAUGAACCAACGUUGGAACCCUCUGACAUGAGCAGAUACAAUCAGGGAAGAAAGGUGAGUGUGGUCACUCCCAGUAGCUACUUGAAGUCAUUGAUGUCAGAUAAUGGCAGGCAAACCUUCAAAAACUUUCACAAGUUCCAUGGACCAGCUCUGCCAACUUCUGCUUCUGCUUCCUCCGCAUCGAAUACUCCUUUACCCAGGAUUCGGCACAAUAAACCUUCUGCUAAAGCUCCAGGUCAUGGCAAUCCUUCAAAUCCCAAAAAAAGUUCAUUUAAACGUCGCCGAGGAAGUAUGGGAAGCCAUGGAGGUUGAAACCAUUCAUUUUCUUUUCUUUUCUCAUCCUUGGCAUAAGGUAUUGUAUGAAUUGUGUACCCCUUUGUGCCCUAAUGCUAUUUGAUGGUUUAAUUUGGUUAAGGGCUUUGGAUCUGAAUGACCUUUGUUCCUCGUUACACAAUCUGUUUUUAUACAUAUGUUUAGUCUUUCACUUG